CGACGCUUAGCGGUCAUUCGUGUGUGCGACGCUGACGCAGACGCUCGUCUCGGUCUCUGUCUCUGUCUCAGUCGCAGUCGCUGUAGUCGUAGUCGCAGUAGGCGAAGUUUUCUAAGCUCGUGACUCGCGUGUUUCGUGGUUUUUGUGCGGCGCGCUAAUCAAGCAUAAUAAACGACUUAACGUGGAAAAGCAAACGAAUUUGCCAAAUAGCAACGACAACAACAGAAGUAAACGUCCGAUAAAUAAUAUAAUUAUAAUAAAAGAUCAGUGGAAGAAACAGAAGAAGAAGAAGAAUCAAUAAACAUGCGUCGCAACAUCAAAUUAAUUGUCUUCGUCAGCAUCAUUUGGAUGUUCGUGAUGGUUUAUUACUUUCAGUCCAGCACGGAGAAGGUGGAGAAUCGUGCUUUGCGCUUACGUGAGGUAGCAACAGCCAUGCAACAGUAUCAGGACGAUAUAUCGGCCGGUGCAUCGACUGCUCGCCAAUGGGCGCCCGCCGCCAACUCCGGCUUACGCGUCGCUGCAGCUGCCGCAGGCGACGACGAUCCUGGUGGCAAUGUCAUCUUAAUCGGCUCCGUCAAGGACUUUGAACGCAACGCGGUGCACGGGCUCAAGUUGAAUGGCAUUGUCGCUCUCGAGGAGACAUCGCAGGGCAGCAGCGGCGGCAAUGCCGGACGUCUGGCCGUCGGGGCAAGCGCGCGCGAGGGCAGCGAAAUCGAAUACUUUGACGAGGCGGGCUACAUACGUGGCGGCGGACUACGCAGCGGCGAGGAUCCCUACAUCAGGAAUCGCUUCAAUCAGGAGGCCAGCGAUGCGCUGCCCAGCAAUCGAGAAAUACCUGACACCAGGAAUCCAAUGUGUCGCAGCAAAAAAUACCGCGAAGAUCUGCCCGAGACGAGCGUGAUUAUCACCUUCCACAAUGAGGCUCGCUCCACGCUGUUGCGCACAAUUGUGAGCGUUUUGAAUCGUAGUCCGGAGCAUUUAAUACGGGAAAUUGUGUUGGUGGAUGAUUACAGUGACCAUCCCGAGGACGGCAUGGAGCUGGCCAAGAUCGAUAAGGUGCGCAUCAUACGCAACGAUAAGCGCGAAGGGCUGGUUAGAUCGCGAGUGCGCGGCGCCGAUGCAGCUGUUAGCAGCGUGCUGACCUUCCUCGACAGCCACGUCGAGUGCAAUGAGCAGUGGCUGGAGCCGCUGCUGGAGCGUGUGCGCGAGGAUCCGACACGCGUGGUCUGCCCCGUCAUCGAUGUGAUUAGCAUGGACAACUUUCAGUAUAUUGGCGCCUCGGCGGAUCUGCGUGGCGGCUUCGAUUGGAAUCUGAUCUUCAAAUGGGAGUACCUCAGUCCCACGGAGCGUGCAGCCAGGCACAAUGACCCAACCACUGCCAUACGCACGCCCAUGAUAGCGGGCGGUCUGUUCGUGAUCGACAAGGCCUACUUCAACAAGCUGGGCAAAUACGAUAUGAAAAUGGAUGUCUGGGGCGGCGAGAAUCUGGAGAUCUCGUUCCGCGUCUGGCAAUGUGGCGGCAGUCUAGAGAUCAUUCCAUGCAGUCGAGUGGGUCACGUAUUCCGCAAGCGCCAUCCAUACACUUUCCCCGGCGGCAGCGGCAACGUCUUCGCCAGAAACACUCGACGCGCUGCCGAAGUCUGGAUGGAUGAUUACAAGCAGCACUACUACAAUGCCGUACCCCUAGCUAAAAAUAUUCCAUUUGGCAACAUCGAUGAUCGUCUGGCCCUCAAGGAGAAGCUGCAGUGCAAACCCUUCAAGUGGUAUCUGGAGCAUGUUUAUCCCGACCUGCAGGCACCCGAGCCACAGGAGGUGGGACAAUUUAGACAGGAUGCUACCGAAUGCUUGGAUACAAUGGGUCACAUAAUAGACGGCACAGUGGGUCUCUUCCCCUGCCACAAUACGGGCGGCAAUCAGGAAUGGGCUUUCUCGAAGCGUGGUGAAAUCAAACACGACGAUCUUUGUCUGACGCUGGUGCAAUUCUCACGCGGCUCGCAGGUGGUUCUCAAGUCAUGUGACGAGACGGAAAACCAACGCUGGAUCAUGAAGGACGGCGGCCUGUUGAAGCACAACAAGAUCAAUGUCUGCCUGGACACGCGGGAUCACCAUGCUCAGGGCAUCAGUGCGCAGCGCUGCAACUCGGCUUUGGCCACGCAGCGUUGGGCCUUUACCAAAUACGCGUGAGAGCUGGAGGAGCGAGGCGAAGAAACGGAAACGACCAACUAAGUAAAACAAACACAAAAACAAAAACAACUUACUGCAACUCCCUGAAAAAAGACGUUCUGCUGGCAAGGAAAAAGUGGGAGUGAGUGGACGUGAUAUAUAAGCUAAAUGGAGGAAGAGAUUGAUGAAGAUGAUGGAGAUGAAUGAUGAUGAUGAUGUUGUAUGUGGUUUCUAUGUUUGAGCUACGGUUAACCACACUCACACACACACACACACCCACACACACACACACACAUAGAUACGACAAGUACAAUGGUUUAACAAGCAUAAGUUUCAACCAUACGAUAUUUAAGUUAAAAGUUGAAUGUGUAUAAGUCUAGCCGCAGGGGCUAACACAAAUUGUUGAAAUACAUUCUUAUAUGUAUGUAUAUGUGUAUAUGUAUAUGUAUGUAUUCUUUCUCCAACACGAUGCAUGCAAGAAGGAAA